AGCUGUGGAGCGCGCUAGUGGCUAGGCAGGCGCGCGAAAACCGUGACCGCGGGUGAGGGUUCGUGCACUCACUCGAUGGUGAACAGCACGGUGCCAGAGGCGUGGUGAAUGGCGAAAGUUGUUUGCGGUGAUCAAGUAGCAAGUCACACCUAGAGGGAACCGAUAUCCAAAGUCUCGUCUCUGACUAGCCUUGUUCGGACGAAGCACUUGCAUAAUGACAGGGUUCGAUAGGAGGUCGUCGGUGCGCCCCACGGAUUGGGCCAAGCUCGACUCCAGACCGGGCGGCCGUUUCGCGAAUGUGAAGCUGCGCUGCCCCGAUAAUAACAAGACAUCGCCCUCGCUCGCCAUUCUCUGCAGUAGCACCGGUCAGACAGCGACUGGGAGGCGAGCUGGACGUCCACAGCCGGAUUCUCUCGUUCAUUUGUCUCUUCUUCCCUGUGCCUUUUUAAUUGACUUCUUCCGAGCUGCAGGGACGCCCCCAAGCACGAGCGCAUUCAGUCCCCUCCCUACGCCGACCCCAGCCGGAACAACCGCUCCAGCUCAGCUGCAGCAGCCGCUCUUUUCGCUGCAUAACAUCAUUCACCGCGCCGUGGAGAGCGUCGACUCGAGCCUCGGCCGUUUGCAACUUCCCGCCCUUCGCACUGGACCCGUGGUUGCGGUUGCGCCUACCCGCAACGCCCCUUCCCCAGCCGUGAAACAUUUUACCACACCACACCCUCUCCGUUGACCGCAUUGGCUUGCAACAAACGCAAACACACCCGAGCUGUGUC